AUGUUAAGGCUGAACACGAAGACUGGUGCUCCCGCGAAUCCCACUGACAUAUCGCGGGGUGUGUUUGGCGCAACAGUAGGCAUUGAUCGUCUCCUGAAGCUCUUCGACAACUACAAUAUCAAGGCGACAUGGUUUACACCAGCGCAUACUGCAGAUUCGUUUCCAAAACAAAUACGCAAGAUCGUUGAGAAAGGACAUGAGAUAGGGCUGCAUGGGUACACACACGAGUCCGUGUCUUUGUUAAGUGAAGAACAGCAGCGAGACGUUCUAGAAAAGAGUAUUCAAGUCUUGGAAAAAAUCGUAGGCAAGAAGCCGCGCGGUUGGACUGCACCGGCUUGGAGUACGAGUAGAGAAACCAUUAAGCUGCUCGAAGACUUCGGGAUCGAGUACGAUCAUUCUUUCAUGCACCACGACUCUCAGCCGUACUAUGUUCCUUCCCCACAUCACGUCACAUAUACAGAGACCGAUCUACCAAAGCCAGCUUCUCACUGGAUGACACCCAUGUCAACGUUGAAGCCGUCUGCAGUGGUUGAGAUACCUGCAAACUGGCACCUGGACGACUGGCCGCCCUUCCAGUUAUCACUCAUGCAGCCAAGUACUCAUGGCUUCGUCGAUACCGCGGUCAUCGAACGCCUAUGGAAGGAACAAUUCGAAUUCCUGUAUCGCGAAUGCCCCGACGACGGAAGCUUCAUUUUCCCCAUUAGUAUUCACCCGCAGGUUAGCGGCAAGCCACAAGUCAUCCUACUGCACGAGAGGCUCAUCGAGUGGAUCAAUGGCCAUCAAGGAGUAGAGUGGGUUACUUUUGGGGUUACUGUCGACGAGUUCAAAAGCGGUAAGUUGAGCGGCGCGACUGUAGAGGGUGGGGCGGACGUGUAA